AUGGUGGAAAGGUCUGCUGGUGGUGCUUGGACCAAGGAGACGACGCAGCCGAACCUAAUAUGGUCGAACGCCGACUCACAAGGCAUCAAUACUCCGAAGCGGUACAUCGCCGGCCUAUUUACUGACUCUGAGGUCAGCACAUUUCUUCCUGACGACAUUGCCCCGGAAAAAUUCAACGGUUAUGUCCUGAAUCAUGUCAGCAUCGCAAGCCAUCCAAGCCCCUUCAUCUCCACAUUUCAGUCUAUCCUAGCCCCCAUCCACCGAGCACUGUGGGGAAAGGAAGGGGCUAUGGUCUCAAUCAUCGAUACAAGGAAGCUUACAGGCCCAGUGUACUUCGCCAAAUCCCUUGUACAGCAGAACAAGAUCCGAAUCCCGGGCUACAAUGGCAUAGGAGAAUAUCUUAUAUGGGGAGAGAUUCAAACACCUGCGAUAAUUUGCUCUUUCAAGAUCACUACACUCAUCCAGAUUGCGCACGAGAAUGAAGAUAUCGACAGGAUUCUGCAACUUGAAAAAAUCGCCUCCUAUAAACGUGUUCGGGGAAAGCUACGAACAGUUCUUUCCAAGGAGACCGACAGUAUGAAUUUGGAUCAUGCUUCUGGUGCCAGCUUGGGUAAAUUACUCCACCUGAUCAAUGUGCCCCAGGCAUAUUAUCAGAUGGUCGGCGAGGGCAUCUUCAAGUCAUGGCAACUACGGAAGCAGGGAGACUGGCAGGAAUUUUGCCAAGGGCUUGAAGUUGGGUUUUUCAACCGGUUACGUCAAACAACCUUCAACUCAUACCCAGACAACUUGGAUGUAAGGCCUACAGGAAGAGCUCUGGCUAAGGGAAUUGGAAUAGGUUAUCUUGUUCAGCAUGACACCGUUGUGCAUGAAGAAGAGGAAGAGAGAUUCGAAGAGAUAGAAGACAAAAAUGAAGACGAAGACGAAGAAGAAGAAGAAGAGGAAGAGGGAGAUGAUGAUGAUAGUGACGACAUUCAGUCCGUCUUUGACACGCCUUGUCCAGUUCGACUAGCACAUACUGUCUCGUCUAUCACGCCACCGGACGCUCGGCCUGUCAAUCGAAUUGAGCUCUACAAUCCCGUUACCAGAAAUUGGUCUCUGGCCGAAGAAUCAUCCACCCCUACGGAAGUCGAGACUUUCUCUCGAGAAUCUAGCGUGAUUGUCUUGGAUGACUUCGAAGAAGAAAUUGAAGAGCUCGGAGAUAUGAUCAUGGGGGAGGAUAUCUCUGAUCUGUCUACACCCGAGCAUCCACCCAAGGAUCAAUUCGCCUCAGAUCGCGAGAGGAUUAAGCGUUUUCUAAAGUGA